AUGAGUGCUUCAACUAAAACGUCUAAAAUUACACAAUCCUCUGUACUUAUCUGUGAUGGACUUCCAGUAGGAAUUCCUGUUGCUUCAGUUUCUAAAUUAACAUUAUUCUUAAAAAGAAUGGUAUUGAUAAAGAAUGGAGCAGAAUUAUCUGAACAACCAAAUAAUGUAAUAGUUUUUGUUGAUGAAACAAGCCAAAAAACUACAGGGAUUGGGUUUAUUGAUUUUAAAGAUGAUGAAGCAGCAAUAAAAUUUAAAACAAGAUUUGUUGAAUUAAAAUUUGAUAAUAAAAAUACGUUAAAGUUUUAUACUAAAAAAGAAAUUGAUGAAAUUUUAAAAGAAAGUGAUGAAUAUACACCAUUAGUCUUUAAUCCAAUUGAAGUUACUGAUUUUAAAGGAUGGCUUAAAGAAGAUAAAUAUACUGAAGGAAAUGAAUGUUUUGCAACAUUUCAAUAUGGAAAAACUAUUUCAUUAGGAUGGUAUAACCCAAGUAUUCCAAAAGAAAUAACAAUGCAAGAAGAACAACCAUUUAUAUCAUCUAAUUGUUCAUUUUCACCAUCAGGUACAUUUUUAUAUUCAAUUACUGAACAUGGAUUAAUUGUAGUUCAACCAGAUUGUAAAAAGAAGUUCCAAUUUCCACAUUCAGGAUUAACACAUGUUACUAUUUCACCACAUGAUACAUUUAUUGCUACAUAUUCAGCUACAGCACCUUAUAAUAGACAUAUUAUUGUUUGGGAUAGAAGAUUUACAAAAGGUAUUAAAUUCUUUGAUUUAAAAGCAAAAUAG